AUGGCUAAUAAUGGUGAUUUGGAUUACUUCAGGCUUCCAACCUUCUUCAAAACGUUCUCCGAGGACAAUAGCAUGGAUGAGUUGCGGAUUCCUCUUGAAUUUGUGGCGAACCAUGGAGUAGAACUCCCAUUCGACUAUCGACUGGUGAUGCCUAAGAGCCGGCAGUGGAGAGUGCGCCUACUUCGGAUCGCAAGUGGGUGCCACUUCCACGCCGAAUGGGCGGAUUUUCGCAUCGUUAACAACAUUGUGCACAACGACUUUCUGACCUUCACAAUGGUGGACGUGGGUGUGUUCCAUGUGAAGAGGUACAAGCCGAAUACCGGUUGCCCCCCUCUGAGUGAUUUACAAACGGUUGCUGAAGAUGACUCUGAUCAUAGCGUCGAGCCCGAUGGUGAUACAGAUGAUGACUACGAACCAUCCGAACAGGAGAUUGAAACAUCGGACGACGAUGACUGUGCUUAUGACCGAGGUGUGGUAGAUGUCGACGGUUUUCGACAUUCGUUGUGA